AGAUGCGGUAUAGAGCACGGGAAUCACUGAAACCGAAGACAGACGACCGAACGCCUCCUGUGGGACGUCGACGAUGUCUUUCAGCAGUGCCCUGAGGCGUAAUACGGUCGUUCUUUCCUCGGCGGGACGCCAGCUGAGCAGCUGUCGAUGGAAGUACACAACUCGCUCGUUCACCUUGCUCUAUUUGUCGGCACUGUCCUGGCUGCGCGAAACGGAAACCAUAAUGACGGAAGCUACGAGCACACUGCCCAGCGCCUUCGGCGGCUGCUCUUUCAAGAGAGGAACUACGACGCGACGUCCAGGCCGACGAACUCCACCUCCGAGCCGACCGUCAUAAAGGCUUCCGUUGUGUUCAAGAGCAUCAUGCACGUCAGGGGUGAAAGCGACUGGUUUACGGGUGUCCUGUGGCUGGGUGCGUUCUGGCACGACCACCGGUUGACUUGGAACAAGGAGGAAUACGACGACACCGUGUACCUGGACGUUCACAAGAGCCAAAUAUGGUCGCCUGAAGUGGACCUUCUCAACGUAGUGAGCGACAAAUACGACCCGUGGAACGAUUGGCUCACCAUAGAUUCCAAUGGCACGGUUUGGGCCUAUUCCACUGCCAAGUUCAAGUUACCCUGCCCCGUCGGUGGUGGAAAGUUCCAGACCGACGAGCAGGUCUGCACCAUUCGUAUGGCGUCAGACACGUAUGACAGUAACGAGGUGACGCUGGUGGAAGGCGAAUUCUGGGAAGAGCUCCAGACAGCCGGUAACACGGAGUGGGACCUCACCAAGAUGUCCUACGCCAAUCACACGGAAUUCAAUAGGUCCUUCCUGGACGUGUCGUUCCACUUGAGGAGGUUGUCGAAACGACACCGCUACGCCGUCAACGUACCCUUGGUGGCCGUGACGCUGGUGAUGCUCUCUGCCUUCUGGAUGCCGCCAGGUUCGGACCGUAGGCUUACGCUCGUCGGCCUGAACUUCCUGGUGGUCGCGAUAAUGCUGGACAGGACGACGACUCUCCUCGGGCUGUCGGUGGCGACGUCGAACACAUUCCUCUUCCUGGGUACGGUGGCGGUCGUGCAAGUGGUCACCGCAGCCGGAAACAUUUUCGCUCUGAACCUGCUGUCUUCUAGGACGGGCUUCAAAGUUCCAGACGUCCUACACCGUGCCCUGUCUGGAACAGCCGGAACUGUUCUUUGCCUAAACAACCACGAGCAGGAGACGUCGGUGCGGCCACGAGAUGUAAUGCACCCGCUGACAUUCGACGACACUCAAGAUCGAAGACGGCGCUGGCUUCUUUUGGCACAAGCCGUAGACCGGCUGCUGUUCAUCGUGUUCGGAUUCACGGCUAUCGCUCUCCUGGCGUGAGCCAUCAGUUUGUUCACAAGAGAGAAGUUGCAUCGGCUCUGCAAACUUGAGCCGAUAUGAAGGCCGGUAAACCUUACUGAUGGGCCAUUUGCUAA